CCUCCCACUUUAAAGGAGCAGCCGACCGAGUUUGAGCGAUCCACGAGCAGCAGAGAGAAAGACGUUUUCCACUCGGGAGCUCUCCACUUUGACCAUGGCGACAUGGAUGGUUUCAACAAUGAUGACGGUGCUGUGGGCAGCUGCGGUGAUUAUUUCAGCUCAGCCUCCGUGUGACCCGCUAACUCAGUAUGAACUCAGUGGACAGUGCUGCCAAAUGUGUCCUCCAGGUACUAGCAUGUCUCAGUUGGGCACGUGCAAGGCGCCUCACUGCCUCCAAUGCGACCAGGAUGAAUAUCAGGACACAUACACGACGGAGACAAAGUGUAAACGUCAGCCAUACUGCGACCCGAAUAAAAACUUUCAGUUUGCAGAGCAGACGAGCAAAACCGAAGAAAGCAUCUGCAUGUGUAAACUUGGAUUCCAUUGCUCCAGUGAUGUGUGCCUCACCUGUGUACCGCACAGGCCUUGUGAGCCUGGAUGGGGGGCAAUUAUUAAAGGGAAUCAGACCCAUGACACGGUGUGUCACAAAUGUCCUGAAGGGUCAUUCUCCAACCAGACCUCGUGGCACAGCGACUGUUUGACAUGGACCAAGUGCAAGAGCGGUUACGUUGUCAGGCAAAGCGGCUCAGCUCAAUCUGAUGUCGUGUGUGAGAACCAGCGGAUGCACGUCAUCAUUGCCUGUGUUUUUAUACUUGGGAUGGGUAUCCUGCUGGCAGCUGCAGUCAAGAUUUGGAGCUCAAGACGUAGACGAGAAGAUAUCAAAGGAAAGGAUGACGAAGACCCCCCGAAAGAGGCGUUAAUUGCCUUUGACGGUGUCCACGAAGAGCCCAUGUCGCCUGGAGUGCAGGUGUCGCUAGCAGACAGCAGCGGCACGGGGGAGCCAGAGGAGAACGAGGACCGUCCCAGUCAGGUGGCCCUUUUAAGCGAUAAAGGCAACUACGUGACGCAGGAGAACGGAAAAGCAGAAGUACUCUCCCGUCAGGAAUCGCAAAGCAUGACCGGGACCAGCGAAAUGUCAUGCUGAGCUCUGUGCCAUACAGUGCUUAAUAGUUUCUGCACGUGGUACUUGACAACCACCCACGUCCACUUCAUGACUGCUUUAAUUUAAUUUUAUUUUUGUCACAUGAUGGUGUUGCUGUUGUGUGACAGACCUGUCCGUUGUAUCAAUUCAGUCCCUGCUUCCGAAUAGGUAUCAGCCCCCUAGCGGAGGUGGGACGACAAGUGGCGAGAGCCGAAAUCAAGGGUGUGAAGUUUAACGCUGAUAUGUGAAGACUCAUAUUUUAACACUCACUUCUUGCAGCCUGAUCUAAUUAUCCGUCAGCAGGAUUGUGCAACAUUUGCCACACGAUGCCGUUUUCAUGACUGUGUUAAAGGCAAAGGCGAGUGAAACGUAGUUGCCAAUUUUGCAGGAUCUUUGUGUGAAAAGUUAAGAUUUACAUGUUGAUACAAAAAGACGAGCUAAUUUAUAUUCACACUUGUGUGACAGUUAAGUGUUUAUGCUACUUUGUUUCUUGUUCGUUAGCCUUGGCUUAGCACUCUAAAUGUUAUAUGUAUCUCUUAUGUAUGUUGUCUUAUAUGUACAAAUGACAUUGUAGCUUGUCCUUUAGCAUUACAUGAUGCCAUCUUUCGCAAUUAAAAACCCUUCACGGGUGUCUAAAUAACAUGCCUGUGAGGUGCUAACUAAUG